ACUUCAAGGUGGGGGUGGGGGUGCACUUGUGAGUGGCUUAGGCAAGUGAGCGAGAAGCCGCGAGCCGAGGGGGCGGAGCCAGAGGAGGAAGGAGAAGGCAGGAGAGACGCUCAGAGAAGAGAGACAUCCAGUAAAGAAGCUGAGUACACUCAACUAGAAGAGAAGCAAACAUAAGGUCAUCAUGGCUUCAUUGUCUACUCAUGAAAACCAAGAUAAACCUCCCCAUUUGCCACCACCAAGCAAGCAGAGCCUGUUGUUUUGUCCAAAAUCAAAACUGCACAUCCACAGAGGGGAAAUUUCAAAGAUUAUCCGAGAAUGUCAAGAAGAAAGUUUCUGGAAGAGAGCUCUGCCUUUUUCUCUUGUAAGCAUGCUUGUUACCCAAGGACUAGUCCACCAAGAUUAUUUAGCAGCUAACCCAAGAUUUGGAUCAUUGCCUAAAGUUGCACUUGCUGGUAUCUUGGGGUUUGGCCUUGGAAAGGCAUCGUACAUAGGAAUAUGCCAGAGUAAAUUCCAUUCCCUUGAAGAUCAGCUACGUGGGGCUGGUUUUGGUCCAGGGCAUAACAGGCACUGCCUGCUUACCUGUGAACAGUGUAAAACUAAGCACGGAUUAAGUGAGCAGGGAAGUUCCCAGCCUUCCGCCUCCUGAACUCUGUAUCUAUGGCUUUUGAAAUUUCUUAAACCUCUGAAUUUAUACACAUGUAAAUUUUCAAAUGUACUUUAAAAUAAUAUGGUGAAACGGAAACAUUAUGAUUCGCUUAUUCUAUUGAAAUACUUUCUGUGGAAGGUUCUCAAUUGAAUUGAGCAUUGUAUGUCUUUUUUAAUAUUUAAGAACACGUU